UUUCCGCGGGUUGGUCCUUGUAUACGUUUUCUUUUUGUGGUCACUUCGGUUGCCGUCGCGGUUACUUCCCUUGCGCCAGGUGCAUGCUACUCCCCCGCUCCUUUAUCGUGUGUUCGAAGUGGCAAUUGGAGAACGAUAGACGGGUCGGCGUGUAUCAGCGCGUAUUUUUAUCUCCGGGUUGUAAAGCUACGUGUUUCCAAACGGCGUCUAUCUGACGCGGUUGUUCUCCGUUUUUCAGUCUGCAAAGUGGCAGGAAUCGAAUUCACAUCAGUGUUACACACGAGUGUCAUUAACGUGCCGUGAAAAUAUUUCAGUGACCGUUUGUCUGUCCUCCACCGUUUGUAGUCUACGCCAUCGUGGAACGGAGGAAAAUAAUCAACAACCACUAUUCUGCUACAACGCAACGCGGUUUCGUAAAGGAAAAUUGAGUUUCUUCCAACUAUCGCUUACGUCGUAUUGAUUAGCUGGCACCUUGUAGGUAGCGGAAGGUGCCUUCGACAUUGAAUCCCACCACCAUCCUCGCGUUAGCUGAAAAUGUCUGGGAAAAGUGUGAUGAACAAAUUCGUUAUAAGAAAUAUCGCCCAACGGCUCGUGCAUUGUAUGUACGUAUGUGUUUUCUAUCUGAUACUGCUAUGCAUGCUGGAUACGGCCGGCAUAGGGGCGGAUAAGAUGCCGCAGGAAGACAUUUCCGUCGUGACCGAGGUGGAUGAGCUAUCUCCGGAUGGAAGCAGCAGUGCACCAACCGAAGGAAAGACACUGCUUUCGUCCGACAUUGGGUUUGUGCACGCCUUUGCUGCCUCGUUCAUGGUGAUUAUCGUGUCCGAGCUUGGCGAUAAAACGUUCUUCAUCGCGGCUAUCAUGGCCAUGCGGCAUCCACGGUUAACCGUGUUUGCUGGUGCGAUCACUGCACUUGCCCUGAUGACCGUGCUAUCGGUGAUGUUCGGUAUAUUGGCCACGAUCAUACCGCGCGUCUAUACCUUCUACAUCUCGACCGCGCUAUUUGCCCUUUUCGGGUUUAAGAUGCUGUACGAUGGAUACCACAUGUCAGCGACCGAUGCGGCCGAGGAACUCGAGGAGGUGCAGUCAGAUCUGAGAAAACGCGAAGAUGAGCUCGCCCGUUCCAUGAGCGGAAGUCGCAAGGAAACGGUCGAACUCGUCCCGCUAAGUGAUACGGAGGACCAACGGACGAAACAUUCUGGCAUCUUGCCCCGCCGCCACGGUCCCAACAAUGGCUCGUUCCAUUCGCUGGCCGAACAGCAGCAGAACCACACAACGUCUUCCGGUGCAACGCUUCGCCUGUCCGCGUCCGCCACCCAGCUGACCGCGGAAGGUCACCAACAGCAAACACCCGUAGUAUCUCGCAGUAAAUCUGGAAUCUCAACGGAGCACGGUCCCAACGAUGGGACGUCUUCCGUCGCCAUCGCCGCAGAGAGUGGCCAUGAAGGAGGUGGAGGUGGAGGAGGAGGUGAAAGUACCGCACCCACCGGUGGUGGAACAGUGCUGGAGUCUUCCCGCAGCAAGCUGUUACUGCUGGACGGUGGCGGUGAGCGUGGCGAGCAGAGACAACGGUUGCGACCAGCGACCGGCAGCAUUCACUCGAACGGAUCGGUUCAUCUGGCCGCCGGCGCCGGUGUACAAGAUGCUCAUCCCACCAGCAUCACCACGGCGAUGGCUGGUACGACGAUGACCAACGGUGCAGCAAAUCAGCACAAAAUGCACGAACGUGAAGUCAGUGCCGGUGGCAAUCUGAUGGGCCAGGAUGCGGAAACGGGUGGCAGCACCAGCCGGCGAGGGGCGGGUCGUGGACGGAACAACAGUGCCUUCAAGAUGCUGUUGCGUAUCUUCGUGCAGGCGUUUACGAUGACGUUCGUGGCGGAAUGGGGCGACCGGUCCCAGCUGACCACCGUGAUAUUGAGUGCGCGCGAAAACAUUUACGGUGUGAUUGCGGGCGGUAUUAUUGGGCACUCGAUCUGCACCGGACUGGCUGUGAUCGGUGGGCGUAUGAUCGCCCAACGAAUUUCCGUCCGAACUGUAACCCUCGUCGGUGGUGUUGUGUUCCUGUUGUUCGCCCUAAGUGCACUGCUGUUUGGUCCGGGCGAAGAAGAACCUGUGAAGGUGCCUGUUCCAUAAGAAGCCAUCCCUCCGCCUCCAUACGAUCGACAAACUGCUUGGACUGGUUCCACGGUUUGCUGUCUAGUACCACAUACUAUACUUACUAUACCACAGACCACCAGCAAAUCCUGACCCUAUAUUGUUGUUUAAAUGUGUUGAAUAAGGAAUUGGAGGAUUUACCAAUACCCAAUAACGAUGAGAAAAAAAAACAAUCGAACUAAAGGACGAAAAAUAACACAAAUCUCCUCAACUGGCGACCGAUGAGAACAGCGGUAAAAUAAUAAUGUGCAAUCUGUGUGAAUCUGUGUGUGCCUCUGCCGGAUGGUUUCUUACUUUGACUCCUACGGAAAAGGCAUUUAGCGGUAGAUUCAAUGUGCUUACUUUAUGGAUGAUCAUCAAUGUAAGAUUGUAAAAUACAUAUAUUGGAAAAGAAACGAAAUCCUAACUAGGUCGUGCCUACGCUACCACCAGCUUACAAUCAAUAUGAUUUUAGUCACUAGAACAACAGUGUUGAAUGAAAUUCGAUAGUGUGUGAGUACACGCAGGGAGCGGGCGUGUAACAACAGAAGUAGGUACACCAUUGGAAACAAAACAGGGGGCGUAGAGAGAAAAGUAUUGUUUUUGUUUAGUUACUAAUAUUUUAAGCAUAUUCCUUCAAGUGUGUCCUUAUGGGUAAACAUGAUUAGUUCCAUAGCAAAGAGACAAAAAUUCUUCAGUGAGAUCAAAAUUCCACGAAAACGGGCAUAGUUUACGGGGCACCAAAAGGGAACACAGAACAACAUGCAAUCGAAUACGGAAGCGUUAGAUGAAAAGUGUGAAUACGGGAAGGAGAAGCUAACUGUAAAAAUGAAUAAAUAAAUAAAUUAAUUUCCUGUUAUUGGGAUGAAGU